AUGGCGUCGAUGAAGCUCCCGUGGGAUUUGGAGGAAGAGAUAAUCUCUCGACUUCCACCUCGAUCUCUAGUUCGGUUCAGAAGCGUCUGUAAACGAUGGAACUCUGUUUUCAACGACCAGAGUUUCCUCAAGAACCACUUGGGUCGUUCCCGUCCGCAGUUCAUUUUUCUGGCUGAAUCCAAGUCUUUUUCGAUAGGCGUCGAUCUCGGCGGCGGCGUCGAUCCGAGGAUAGAGGUGUGUGAGCUAGCCUCUGAUUUUCCCUGUCAGACUAAGAAUGUGAGUAUCAACACCAUAAGGACUUGCGACGGAUUCUUGUUUCGCCACUUUUGGGAGAAAGGGGUUGCGAUUUGGAAUCCGUGGCUGAGACAGGUUGGAUGGAUCGAGUACGAGGAUAAAGCUUUCGGACUUUGCGGUGUAGGAUACGACAGUACUAGAUCCGAAAUUGGGUACAAGAUCUUGGGGCGUUUCUACAGUUUACGUAGAGAGGUCGACGGUUCCCAAAGAGGUUACCACAGAUUUGCGGUCUACGAGUGCGCUUCUCAGGCGUUGAAGUUUAUUGAUUCCCCUUUCACGCUGUGGCCUACCAAUGUGGACCCUACGUCAGUGAACGGAAAUUUGUUUUGGAUUGGUUACAGUGACGAGGCUCGUAAGCAUGUCAUUCAAAGUUUUGAUUUUACAAGGGUUACAUUCAACGAAAACUUCUGUCUCCUGCCGUGUGAGAAGAUCCUGACUGGCAAUCGACUUAUCCUCGAGGUUUUUGAGGGGGAUCGGCUUUCCUUGUUAAAUUGGAACUAUGUAACAGGGAUGAUUGAGAUUUGGGUAACGGAUAACAAGGUUGUUGUUGAUAGAGGCGAACAAGUGGUGUGGAUUAACUUGAUGACUUUCCCAACAACUACUAACUUACGAAACCUAAUCAAUAAGUUUUGGGGCAUCAUGUAUUAUAUCUCUGACAAGACCCUAGUCCUGUGCUGGAGCGACGACGUAACUAGAGAGGUUUGCGUCUAUCUUGUGAGGGAAGAUGUGUUCAAGAAGAUCUCGAUUGAUUAUGGGACUAGUCUUCGGUAUUAUCACUGUGUCUAUGUUCCAAAUCUGUUCCCGCUGCCUUUAGAAUUCAGAUCGCUGCAAGUGUAA